GGAUAUUACCUUAGGAGACUCUACAGUUUUUCAUCAGUGAGGACUGGAAUGUGGACAAAGUAACCCAGCCGACCAGACAAGAGGCGAACAAAACUAUGAUUCCUUUUCAAAAUUUAAAACCGCACAACGUCAGGAUUUCUUACUAGCGUCCAGCACACUGACAACUUUGUCAGCCUGUUGAAGGGACGCUUUUUGGGACCAAUGCAGACCCCCCCUCAGAUCCUCACUGUCAGUGCCUGUGCGUGGGUCAGCAGUUUUUGUCGCUUUCGCGAUAUUGGAACAAGUGAAAAUUUGGACGUGCUGGAAAAGAUGUCAGUCAGCGUCCAUGAAAACCGCAAGUCGAGGACGAGCACAGGCUCCAUGAACAUCUCGCUCUUCCACAAGCCCUCUCAUCCAGACAGUGUGCUCACCCACCUGAAUACCCUUCGUAAACAGUGCAUGUUCACAGAUGUAACGCUGUGGGCUGGCGACCGCUCAUUUCCCUGUCACAGAGCUGUGCUUGCUGCCUGUAGUCGCUACUUUGAAGCUAUGUUCAGUGGUGGCCUCCGUGAAAGCCUUGACAACGAGGUUAACUUUCGUGACAGUGUUCACCCAGAAGUUCUGGAGCUCCUGUUGGACUUUGCUUACUCCUCACGUGUCAUUAUUAAUGAGGAAAAUGCAGAGUCACUACUUGAGGCUGGAGAUAUGCUACAGUUUCAUGACAUUCGAGAUGCAGCCGCAGAAUUUUUGGAGAAAAAUUUGCAUGCAUCAAACUGCCUGGGAAUGAUGCUGCUCUCUGAUGCCCAUCAAUGCAAACGCCUUUAUGAGCUGUCAUGGAGGAUGUGCCUCAUUCACUUUGAGACUUUACGAGACACUGAGGACUUCUGCGGCCUCUCAAAAGACAAGCUUUUGGAUCUCAUCCUUAGCGAUGAGUUGGAGGUUGAAGAUGAACAGAUUGUGUUCAAUGCGGUCAUGCACUGGGUUAGGUAUGACCUAGAUAGCCGCAGAGACUACCUUCCAGAACUUCUUCGAGGUCUACGCCUUGCGCUGUUACCCUCAGAAUGUCUCAUCGAGGCCGUGGCAUGUGAGGAACUUGUGAUGUCAGAUAAAAGGAGCCGACAGAUUGUCGAUGAGGCCAUGCAGUGCAAGAAAAAGAUUCUGCAGAAUGACGGCGUUGUCACCAGCCCCUGCGCCAGGCCUCGCAAAGCUGGCCACACGUUGCUAAUUCUUGGGGGUCAGACUUUUAUGUGUGACAAGAUCUACCAAGUGGACCAUAAAGCAAAAGAGAUCAUACCCAAAUCAGAUCUGCCCAGUCCCAGGAAGGAGUUCAGCGCAUGUGCCAUUGGCUGCAAAGUUUAUGUGACAGGAGGAAGGGGCUCAGAAAAUGGAGUGUCAAAGGAUGUCUGGAUAUAUGACACAGUACAUGAAGAAUGGUCAAAAGGUGCCCCGAUGCUAAUUGCACGCUUUGGACAUGGCUCAGCUGAACUUGAAAACUGCCUUUAUGUGGUUGGGGGGCACACUGCUAUUGCAGGUGUCUUCCCAGCCUCUCCAUCAGUAUCUCUUAAACAGGUUGAGCGGUAUGACCCCCUAACCAAUAAAUGGACAAUGAUGGCACCACUUAGGGAUGGUGUCAGUAAUGCAGCAGUUGUCAGCGCCAAGCUAAAACUCUUUGUGUUUGGUGGAACAACCAUCCACAGGGACAAGGCCUCAAAGGUCCAGUGUUAUGACCCUGUUGAGAACCGUUGGACUAUAGCUGCUGAGUGCCCACAACCCUGGAGAUACACUGCUGCUGCCGUCCUUGGCAGUCAGAUAUUCAUAAUGGGAGGCGACACGGAGUUCACUGCAGCGUCCGCCUACCGAUUUGAUUGUGAGACCAAUCUAUGGACCCGUGUAGGUGACAUGACUUCAAAAAGAAUGAGCUGCCAUGCAGUGGCCUCUGGCAAUAAACUCUAUGUGGUCGGAGGGUACUUUGGUACGCAAAGGUGUAAAACCCUGGACUGUUAUGAUCCAACAUCAGAUAGCUGGAACAGUAUCACUACCGUGCCUUAUUCACUGAUUCCAACUGCAUUUGUCAGCACCUGGAAACAUCUUCCUGCCUAGUCGCCUCCGUUUUAAGUUUACGGAGCUGAUCUGGGUGCCAUGGUCUUCUAGCCACACUGAAUGGAUGGCGACAGCAGCGCUGGAUUGUGAUUGGCUGGCCUGAAGCACCUCUGCUCAGUGGGUGUGGUGUGGCUGCGGUCAGUCACGGCCACUCUUGAAAACAAACCAUCUAUCCCCACUGCUGAGAGGAGCUGAAAUCCUCCAGUCCAGAGGCCACAAAGCACAACGCAAACUCAUGCCAUGCUCGUUCGUUGCCAAAUCAGAGGCACAAGGACACUCUUACACCAAUAUCUGCUCUUUGGAGACUCUUUUGCAAUCCAACGAGGUCAAAAACAUUCCAGUGAGAAAAAAAAAAA